UAGCCGCAGUGUCCAGAGCGGCGAGGCGGCGUUUCGGUAAUCGUUGGUCGGCCUCUCCAGCAAACCCAGCGUCGUAGGACUGCACCCUGGGCAGAGGCGCCCACCGGGCACCGCAGGGAGUCACGAUGCCGAUCAAUAAAUCAGAGAAGCCAGAAAGCUGUGAUAAUGUGAAGGUGGUUGUUAGGUGCCGGCCCCUCAAUGAGAGAGAGAAAUCCAUGUGCUACAAACAGGCCGUCAGUGUGGAUGAGAUGAGGGGAACUAUCACCGUGCACAAGACUGAUUCUUCCAAUGAGCCUCCGAAGACAUUCACUUUUGAUACAGUUUUUGGACCAGAGAGUAAACAGCUUGAUGUCUAUAACUUAACUGCAAGACCCAUUAUUGAUUCUGUUCUUGAAGGCUACAAUGGGACUAUUUUUGCAUAUGGACAGACUGGAACAGGCAAAACCUUUACCAUGGAAGGCGUUCGAGCUGUUCCCGAACUUAGAGGGAUCAUUCCAAACUCAUUUGCUCACAUAUUCGGUCACAUUGCCAAAGCAGAGGGCGACACAAGAUUUUUGGUUCGAGUGUCGUAUUUGGAAAUCUACAAUGAAGAAGUUCGUGACCUUUUGGGCAAGGAUCAGACACAGAGGUUAGAGGUUAAGGAACGGCCUGACGUGGGUGUGUACAUCAAAGACCUGUCAGCGUACGUGGUGAACAACGCCGACGACAUGGACAGGAUCAUGACGCUGGGCCACAAGAACCGUUCUGUUGGCGCAACUAACAUGAACGAGCACAGCUCCCGCUCCCACGCCAUCUUCACCAUCACCAUCGAGUGCAGCGAGAAGGGCGUCGACGGGAACAUGCACGUCCGGAUGGGCAAGCUCCACCUGGUGGACCUCGCUGGUUCAGAGAGACAGGCAAAAACUGGAGCUACGGGACAGCGCCUCAAGGAAGCCACAAAAAUCAAUCUUUCACUGUCCACCCUUGGCAACGUGAUUUCCGCCUUGGUUGAUGGAAAAAGCACUCACGUUCCUUAUCGCAACUCUAAACUGACUCGUCUUCUUCAGGACUCCUUAGGAGGAAAUUCAAAGACCAUGAUGUGUGCAAAUAUUGGGCCAGCAGAUUACAAUUAUGAUGAAACUAUCAGCACGUUGCGGUAUGCCAAUCGUGCUAAGAACAUUAAAAAUAAAGCUAGAAUUAACGAAGAUCCAAAGGAUGCUUUGCUUCGUCAAUUUCAGAAAGAAAUAGAAGAAUUGAAAAAAAAGCUUGAAGAAGGGGAAGAAAUAUCAGGCUCUGACAUCAGUGGGUCAGAAGAGGAUGACGAUGAAGAGGGUGAGCUUGGAGAAGAUGGAGAGAAAAGGAAAAAAAGAAGGGGCAGUAGCAGCAGCAGUAGUUCAGACUCCACAUGUUCUGUCAUAGAGAAACCUCUGGAUAAGUUCUUGCCUAGUAAAAAGAAAGUUUCCCCAGAUAAGAUGGUUGAAAUGCAAGCAAAGAUCGACGAAGAAAGGAAGGCACUUGAGACGAAGCUGGACAUGGAAGAGGAAGAAAGAAACAAGGCUAGAGCUGAACUAGAGAGGCGGGAGAAGGACCUUCUCAAGGCCCAACAAGAGCAUCAGUCUUUGCUAGAGAAGUUAUCUGCGCUGGAGAAGAAGGUAAUUGUUGGUGGUGUUGAUUUGCUGGCAAAAGCUGAGGAACAAGAAAAACUUCUUGAAGAAUCUAACAUGGAGCUGGAAGAAAGGAGGAAGAGGGCAGAGCAGCUGCGCAGGGAACUGGAGGAAAAAGAGCAAGAACGCUUGGAUAUCGAAGAAAAAUACACCAGUCUGCAAGAGGAAGCACAGGGAAAGACCAAGAAACUAAAGAAAGUUUGGACUAUGCUGAUGGCUGCGAAGUCAGAGAUGGCCGAUCUCCAACAAGAACAUCAGAGAGAAAUUGAAGGUUUACUGGAGAACAUUCGACAGCUUAGCCGGGAGCUUCGACUUCAGAUGCUCAUUAUUGAUAACUUUAUACCUCAGGAUUAUCAGGAAAUGAUUGAAAACUACGUCCACUGGAAUGAAGACAUAGGAGAAUGGCAGCUGAAAUGUGUUGCCUACACAGGAAAUAACAUGAGGAAGCAGACUCCAAUUCCUGAUAAGAAGGAGAAAGAUCCCUUCGAGGUGGACCUGUCCCACGUGUACCUGGCCUACACGGAGGAGAGCCUGCGGCAGUCCUUGAUGAGGCUGGAGAGGCCACGGCCUUCCAAGGGGAAAGCAAGGCCCAGGACAGGGAGACGAAAGCGUUCUGCAAAGCCUGAAACUGUAAUUGACUCUCUACUUCAGUAAAUGUUACGGACUUAAAUUCUCAAUAAAAACUAGUGAUAUCCUGA